AAUAACCAUUUAGCUAAAAAUGGUAUUUUUUACGUGCAAUGCAUGUGGUGAAUCAGUGAAGAAAGUACAAGUAGAAAAGCAUGUGGCUAUUUGCAGAAACUGUGAAUGCCUGUCUUGCAUUGACUGCGGUAAAGAUUUCUGGGGCGAUGACUACAAAAACCAUGUGAAGUGCAUCAGUGAAGAACAGAAGUAUGGUGGCAAAGGUUAUGAAGGUAAAACCCACAAAGGCGAUAUUAAACAGCAGGCAUGGAUUCAGAAAAUUAAUGAAUUAAUAAAAAGACCCAAUGUCAGCCCCAAAGUGAGAGAACUUUUAGAGCAAAUUAGUGGUUUUGACAACGUUCCCAGGAAAAAGGCAAAAUUUCAGAAUUGGAUGAAGAACAGUUUAAAAGUUCAUAAUGAAUCUAUUCUGGAACAGGUGUGGAAUAUCUUUUCUGAAGCUUCCAGCAAUGAAGCAGUCAGUAAGGGUCAAGACCGGCAGCCCCUCACCCAGGCGGUCAGUCCACCCCGCGCAGAGCUCUCUGCUAAGGUGCCAGCCUCUGGGACAAGUGACAGCACAGAAAAGCAAGCAGAGGUGAAGAAGAAUAAGAGAGAAAGGAAGGAAGAAAGGCAGAAGAAUAGGAAAAAAGAGAAGAAAGAACUAAAAUUAGAAAACCACCAAGAGAACUCGAAGAAUCAAAAGCCUAAGAAGCACAAAACAGCCCAGGCGGCUGGAGGGGAAGUCCUGAGGUCUGCAGGGAAGAAAAGCCAGAGAAAGGUGGGCGAGGCGGAGGGGGCUGCUGACAGGGCAAAGGAUGGAGCUGGGGCCUGUGCAGGAGACGCCGAGGAGGAGCCCACAAAAGCUCGGCCUGGGAAGAGAAAGCAGAAGCACUUGGAAGAUGACACAGAUUAUAAGAAGAAAAAGAGAAAGUUCUCAGGACCUCCGGAGGGCGGAGAACCAGAAAACCAUGAGGCUCCUACAAAAGGUAAAUUCAACUGGAAGGGAACCAUUAAAGCAGUUCUGAAACAGGCCCCAGACAAUGAAGUAGCCAUCAAAAAGCUAAGGAAAAAGGUUUUAGCUCAGUAUUACGCAGUGACGAAUGAGCAUCACAAGUCUGAAGAGGAGCUCCUGACCAUCUUUAACAAGAAAAUCAGCAAGAACCCCACCUUUAAGUUACUAAAGGACAAAGUCAAGCUUUUGAAAUGAACAUUUUUAUAUUUAAAAAUGGAAUCUGUUCUGUUGAUGUCUUUCACUGCUGUUUAUAAAACAUAAUGAAUUAUAACAACUCCUAAUUUUGCUUUCCAAAGCUGUAUUUUUAAGUUAAGGAUAAAGUCUAUUUUUGGUAGAACUUUUAUGAGAAAAUAUAUUCUUAUCCAAGAUUCUAAAUCUGGUGGUGAAAAUUGUUGUACUUGACAGAAUACUUUUAUGGUGAAAAACUUUUAAAAUUUUACAAGUGAAAAAAAAAAAUUCCUUCUUUGGAGCAGACUAAGUGUUUUAACUGCAUCACUUUUAUACAGUUUUAAUUAGAGGUUUUGGUGGGUUUGUUGUGUUGUCAGAACAUGUGAAAUGGUCACAAGAGUCCUCAGUCUAUGGCAGUCUGUGACUCUGCAGAAGGCCCUCUCUUCAGAUGAGGUUAGUUUUUAACAGUCUGGCCCAUCUGCACUGUGGCCCUGUCCUGCUUCAGCCUGAGAGAGACUGUGACCACCUAGGGGAAGUCGCUUGCCUGAAACCGAGCCCAUCACUUAGCUGUGUUGAUGUCCCAGGGUUCUGAGUGGAUGGAAAUGCUCUUAGACGAGGUAUUCUGAGUCCUGGUGUGUGGUGCCGGAGGAGAGCUGUGUCCGGCCACUUGCUGAGAUUGGAGUAGGCUCUGCCCACAGGUCCCUUACUCACCCCCAAAUUCAGCAGCAAUGUGUUCCAUUCUGAUCUGGGGACAGGCCGCUGUGAUGAUGGGAGGGGCACUGUGUUGGGAUGAAGGCUUUGGAAUCGGGCCC